UUCUCACUUCUCAGACACUUAAAACGUUAAACGCGGCUUUCUCUCUAUUUCUUUUUUGAAGCGGGUUACUGAGUCAACACCACGAUGGCCGAACGAAUCUACCCCGGCGACUCACCACCGUCUUCCGGCGAACACUCGAAUCCCAAACCAGCUCCUCCUUCUUCAGAUAAACCUAUUCCACAACCCGGAACUUACGUCGUCCAGAUCCCGAAGGACCAAGUCUACCGUGUUCCUCCGCCAGAGAACGCCCGCCGCUACGCUCAUCUGUCGAAACGUAAGUCGAGUCGCAGCACCUGUUGCCGCUGCUGUUGCUGCUUGUUAACAACUAUCCUCUCUCUCCUCCUUGCCGCCGCCAUUGCCGCCGCUGUGAUCUACUUCGUUCUCAAGCCCGAAGCUCCAAACUACUCCGUCGAGAGCGUUGCGAUCAAGGGAUUCAACCUCACGUCACCUUCUCCGCUAUCGCCAGAAUUCGACGUCACCGUCCGGGCAGACAACGGCAACGACAAGAUCGGCAUUUACUACGAGAAAGGUAGCUCCGUUAAUGUUUACUACCAAGACGUUAAUCUCAGUAACGGCGCGUUGCCAGUUUUUUACCAGCCAACCAAUAACGUAACACUGUUCAAAACGGCGCUGAAAGGCUCCGGCAUCGAACUAACCGCCGCCUCGCUUAGGUCCAUUUCCAAUGAUCAAAGUAAAGGAACGGUUCCGUUUACUUUGAAGCUGAGAGCGCCGGUUAAGAUUAAAGCUGGAUCCGUUAACACGUGGAAGAUUACCGUUAAAGUAACGUGCAAGAUAACAGUGGAUAAGUUAACGGCGGCGUCCAAGAUUGUAUCCAAGGAUUGUGAUUAUGGAGUAGAUCUUUGGUAAGGUUUUUUUUUUCCUUGGAAAUUCUUUUUAAUUAUAUGAUAAGACGUGACAGUAAUGGCAUACAUGAUGGAUAUUUUUAAAUGACAUUGAAUGAUAUUACAUGUUUAUGUAA